CCCUUCCUCUUUGCUCUUGAAGUCUCAUUCUGAGCAAGCACGGAGAUAUAGUCUUGUACAAAUAAGUCUCACUCUGCGAAAAAAAGCUGGGCGCGCCUAGUAAGGUUUGUGGAGCGAAUAACUUCUGAGUUUUUCACUUCUUUGAGACUUGAGAGCUAUGAAUAUAAUUCAGAAACCGCUACCCGGCCGCCAUUUUUUGUCUCGCCUGACAACCUCAUGGGUUGCGAGCAAACACAUUUCUUGCUCCUCUGAUUCAUCUUCAGACACCAGUGAUCUGUGCUCCCAGACAUUGGAUUCCCAGUUGAGAUCACAUCUAUGCGCAAAGCAUUGCCCUAGUUCAUCCGCUUUAGUUGAGGCUGUGCGCCUCUUUGAGCAUGCAGUUUUUGAUUUGAGACAAUGUCCCCAUGCGUCUACAUGCAAUUUUCUUGUUGAAACUCUGGUAAAGAACAAGGCAUACGGACUUGCAUUUGAUACGUAUGGCAAAAUUACCCACACCCUUGGUUCUGCUCAUUUUAAGCAUAGUUUUUUAACUCUAGCCGCCUUGGUUGAGAUUUUCGUGCACACUCACAUGCCUGAUUUGGCCUUUUCUGUGUUUGGGUUGAUUUUUAAGCGAGGUUUUGUUAUCAAUGUGUACCCCUUCAAUAUGUUGUUGAAAGGCUUCUGUGAAAAUGGGAUGGUUCACAAGGGGGUGGAACUUUUCUGUGGGAAAAUGGUAUCCCCUGACACAGUUAGCUAUAACACCCUCAUUAAAGGGCUUUGCAAGGCGAACAAAUUGCAGGAGGCUUUGAACUUGAGGGUUGGUAUGGAAAAUGCAAACCUUACUCCCAAUGUGCUCACAUAUACUAUAUUGAUGGAUGGGCUUUUCAGGGAAGACAGGGAGGUGGAUGAAGCAAUGGGAUUGCUGGAUGAGAUGAAGAUCAAGGGUUUGGAACCUGAUGUGUUUACCUAUACCAUACUUAUAAAUGGGCUUUGCAGUAAAGGUAAUGUGAACAAAGGCAAGGAGGUGUUUAAUGAAAUGCUAGUGCAUGGGGUAUCUCCGAAUGUAGUAACAUAUACGUCUUUGAUAAAUGGCUUUUGUAAGAAGGGCCAGCUGAAAGAAACCAUGAUGAUGUUCAAUUCUAUGUUGGAGCGUGGAGUCAAGCCUGAUAUUGUCACAUUCACCAGCAUAAUAAAUGGGCUUUGCACAGGCGGAAGGGCAGACAAAGCAUUGAAGGUGUUUAAAUCGAUGCUUGCAAAGGGUGUAGUGCCUGGAAGUAUAACUUACAAUGUUCUGCUUCGUGGACUUUUUGAUAAGGGAUUAUUAACCGAUGCUUAUAAUAUCUUACAACUAAUGAUAGAGAAGGGUGAGAAACCAGACGUGGUGACCUACAAUACCAUCGUGCAGGGGUUUUGUUACAAUGGGAAGGUAGAUCAUGCCAUGUCACUGUUUAACUCAAUGUUGACAGACAAGAAGAUUUAUACUGAACCAGAUGUUAGAACAGUGACUGUUUUGGUUCAAGCACUGUGUCAAGGAAAACGCAUUGAUGAGGCUACAAAGGUUCAUAGUAAGAUGGCAGCUGAUAACAAAAAACUUGUUGAUGUGCGAACUUUCACUGUGCUCAUUGGAGCUUAUCUAAAGGAGGAACAUAGUGUUGAGCAAGCUCUGUGUAAAUGGAAGCAGAUGACUGAACUUGGUUUUAUUCCAGACUCAUUUUCCUUCAGUUCCUUAAUUGAUGGAUUUUGUAAGUUAAAAAUGCUAAACAUUGCAAAGGGGAUUUUUCUAACCCUGAAGAACCGCACAGUGUUUGAUUAUAACUCAGUCAUGGCAGCUUUGUGCAAGGAAAGCAGCUUUGAACAAGCAAGGAGGUUGAUUCAGGAGAUGAUAAGUGAUGGGAAGUGUAAACCUGAUUCUGUCUCGUACAAUAUCAUAAUUGAUGCGGCUUUGGAAUCAGGAAAUUUGCAGCUUGCUGAAGAACUACUAACCCAAAUGCUUCAAAGGGGUUUGAACCCCGAUGCUUUCACCUUUUCUAUACUAAUAAGUAGGUUUUCAAACCUAGGACAGAUUGAGGUGGCUAAGAAAUUGUUUGACAAAAUGGUUGCAUCUGGCCUCACACCCGGCAUCCAUGUAUAUGAUUCUUUACUCAAGGGAUUUAGUCUUAAAGGCGAACCAGAUGAAAUUAUUCAUAUGCUUCACCAAAUGGCUGCUAAAGGAAUUGUUUUAGACUCUAAAAUCACUGCAACUAUUUUAAGAUGUAUUUGUGACACAUCUGAAGAUCUCAAUUUGGCAGAGCUUCUUCCAAAGUUUGCUGAGCAACAAUCAAAAGAAAUAUGUGUUCCAUGUGAUGCAUUACUGAUAAAGAUCCAAAAGAGUCUUCACAAGUGUCAGACAUGUUCAGCUUGAUUCUUAGACUUCAGUCACUUGUUUACCAUUUUCCAUCAUUUGCAAUGGAGCCAAAGAUUCAUCCUAUACCUAAAAGCAUUACACUGGAGAGAGAGAAUUCUCCCGCCUAAGAGCAUGGCCUAAAAUGUAAUUUUGCAGCUCAGCAAUUCUACGCUCACCAUUUCUCGCCCACCUCCUCGACUUUGCCUUAUCCUCUCUUUCCUUCACCGGAUUUUUCUUCACCGAUUUCCGUGGAUCGCUUCACCCUUACCCAUACUGUAUCUAAACCCUUACCACCUUCUCUUCAACGUUUUAAGCAUUUGAAGAGCUCCAGGAGAUCCUCUGAUUCUCCGAGCCGCACUGGAAGAUGAAUUCUCUCACUCCGCCGCUUGAAUUCAUUGAGGUAUGCUCUUCAAGUAGCUAUUUUUGUAUGAUUCUAUUGACUUAUGAAGCCUUUGAUUGCAUCCUGAUUUGUUUAUUCUUGAGCUUUCCUAAUUUGAACUCCCUAGCACUCGAUCGUUUCUCGAUAUACAGUAUGAUGUUGCAUCCCGACAAGUUAGGGCAUCCAAAUUGGCUGAUAUGAACAAAUGACAACGAUUCACUUUGCCCCCAAACUCUAUUCCAUUGGAUUUAGACACUUCAUUGAUCUGGUAUAUGUGUCAUCUCUCUUUCGCAUCCGACUAUUCAAAGACUACUCACUGUUGAUGGAGGUAAUCUAUGACCGUGUGUUUGGAAUGAGGGGGCCCGGGGAGGAAUGUUAAUAAACUAUAAAGUAAAGGUAUCAUAAAGGAGGGGAGGGAUGAUCAUGAUCCACCUAGACGGUACACAUUUGCUUCUUCUCUGCUGGAGAAGAAGCAAAUACUCGCAGUAAACAAUCCAAGCAAACCCGCAAACAAGUUGCACCUUCUGCAAUGUUUUCUUCCAAAUGCUGUACCAAAGGUGCUUCUUUAUGAUAUUUCUGGUUAGAGGAGACCUAUAAUAUCAAUUGAUUUUCAGCACAAACAUCCACAAAACCUGUAGCUAUGACCUAGAUGGGUGCAAAGUAUAAGCAAGCAAAUGGUCUCAAUUGAUAAGUGCAAAGUGUUGGAAAAAACAGCAGGGAAGGGAGAGGAGUUGUUCUCAGCAAGUUAUGGUCAGUGGCUCAAUAUAUUAGGGAUAAUGUUGUGACUAUUGCGAUUCUUGAAUAAGGAGCUUUUUUAAGUGAUGUUUGACUAGGUUGUGGCAUUUGUUAUGUUGAAAAUUAGGAUUGUCUUUUACUUGGGUGGUUCAGUGGUUGCAACUGAUAUAUUUGGAAUAUUCAACUGGGAGCAUUUGUUAGAAAAAGUCCAUGGUCUGUUGAACAUCAUACGAUUUCAGAGCAGGUUUUUAUGUAGAUUUUGGGCUGAUUUCAGGUUGAGUUUUGGCGAUUUAGAGCAAGUUUGGGCUGAUUUCCUGCAGUUGGGUUGUCUAACGUUUAGGUGGUUGUCGAUUUAUUGCAUUUUCAUGCUGCAACUCAACUUGAGAGCAUGUUUUUUUGGAAGAUUUGAUGGCGCUACUGGACUCAUUAAGAUCAAUUUAUGUCGAUUGGAGAUGAUUACUGGAGCUUGUUUGUGAAUACAAAAUUGUUUUUCUCUGUUUUUUAGCAUCACUUAAUCAAGAAGAAAUAAAAUCAUGCCACUCACAAUGUUCCUCUCGACUUCAGAACUCAGAGAGUAACCCAAUUAUGUAUUUCUAUACCAAGGCUAUUUUUGCCCUGAUCAAUAGAUGAUUUUUUUUUUGCUGAACCGUACAUAAAGUUUAUUGUCCAU